GCCCGGAACUUUGUGGACUGUAGCGCUGUGCUCCUUCGGACAGUUUUGCCAGAGCAUAAGGUUUCAUUCGUUUCCGUAGUACCGGCUCCUACUUGUCAAACACGUCUCGGGUGUUUUCGUAAGCUUGUGGUAUGCAGUGCUUUCCUUUGCUGCCUUUCUUUUAAAAUUAGUUUGAGUUUUUAAUAUUGCGGUUGAACCGUUUUUGUCUUGUCGGGGAAGCACCACGUCUGCAAAAAAAAAACAAAAUGAUUUACCAGGUCCCCUGGCUAGUAAACCCAGUGAGGACUGCCAUAGCCAUUUGGCACCAGUUGAAAAAGUACGAGCUGCCCGAGCUUGCCAAGCCCACAGUGUGCAUGCGGGACCGGCAGAGGGUGGAGGAGAUCAUCCAGCGCUUUCAGAGGGGAGGACACGGCAAAGUCCAGGUGAUUUCCGACUUCGAUAUGACGCUCACCAGGUUCGCCCACAACGGCAAACGGUGCCCAACGUGCCACAACAUCGUGGACAACAGCAAGCUGAUCAGCGAAGACUGCAAGAAGCAGCUGAAGGAUCUUCUGAACACCUACUACCCCAUUGAGAUCGAUCCCACGCGCAAAAUUGAAGAGAAGUUCCCGUUAAUGGUUGAAUGGUGGACCAAAGCCCACAAUCUCCUGACAGAGCAGAAGAUUCACAAGGAUCAGCUGGCCCAGGUGGUGAAGGAGUCUGAUGUAAUGCUUAGAGACGGCUAUAAGGUUUUCUUUGAUCAGCUGCAUGAGCACAACAUCCCACUGCUCAUCUUCUCGGCGGGGAUCGGGGACGUGCUGGAGGAGAUCAUCAGGCAAGUGGGGGUCUUCCACCCCAACAUCAAGGUCUUCUCCAACUACAUGGACUUUGACGAGAACGGGGUUUUGAAGGCUUUCAAAGGGGAGCUGAUCCACACCUACAACAAGAGAGAAGGAGCCCUGCUGAACUCCGGCCACUUCGCGGAGCUGGGGGACAGGCGCAACAUCAUCCUGCUCGGGGAUUCCAUGGGGGACCUGACCAUGGCGGACGGGGUGCAGAACAUGGAAAACAUCCUGAAGAUCGGCUACCUCAACGACAAGGUGGACGAGAGGAAGGAGCAGUACCUGAACUCCUACGACAUCGUGCUGGAGAAGGACGAGACGAUGGACGUGGUGAAUGCCAUCCUGCAGCGCAUCGUCAAGGCCAAUUAAUCGAGGGGGAGAAGGCACCGGGCCAGUGGAGGGGGGGUAGGAGGGAGAGGCGCUUGGAGAUAGGUGAUAGGCCAGGCAGGUCUGACCCUCCUACCUCCUCUCCUCGCUGGGGAGGACAUUUCAGUUAGUUUGUAAUGGGUUUAUAAGGGGCAUGGUGACAGGAUCCUUUUUUGAGAACCAGUGCUUCAAAACCCUUGUUUUAAUUUCCACGUUCUUAAGGAGAAAAUGCCGUUGUGGUGUAUCCCCCCAUCACACCCCGGUGCCUGAGAUUUACAAGUUCAUUUUUAAUUUUUUUUAAAGGAUCAAGCCAGUUGUUCUCUUAACCUCCACUGUACACGAGUGUUUUGUUCGUCCCGUUUACAGACGGCAAAGGUAAUGGGGAACUCCUUCCUGAGUCACGUUUUUUUUUCCUGAGUUUUUCGUUUUGUUGUGGAGGUUCACUCUAGCGGUUAAUCUGGUGUCGUCAAAGCUCAGUGGGUGUCCCUUCGCUUAAUCUGUUUGGAGGAUGGCAUCUUUGUCACGCACGGGCGCUAAAUCAGUGAUCUGCAGUUCUCCUCCUGGAGGGCCGGUGUACCAGGCCUCUUCCAACGGCCAACACCCGAAGACAUGGAGAGAAGUUGCUAGUACUCCCAUAAUGAGUAAGAUCUGAGCUAUAAAGAAAAUGUAUACUGUAGAAACACUGGCCCUCUCCUCCCUGUGCUAAACCUGUAUGGAAAGGGGGCUCGCCUCAGACGGUCUCCUAGUGGCUUCAUGGUGUGUUUGUUUUGUGCAGAUGGAACUGGAGUCUUUUGUGCUGCCCUGCCACGUGUUCAGUUUGCAUAAAAGAUCUGCAUGUAAGGCGUAAACCCGAAGCUUUUUUUAUUCGGUUUUUAAAAUCUUCAUUGUUUUAAUGUAGGGCUUAUGUCCCUUCAAUCUGCUGUGGGAAUGAUUUUUUUAUUAUUUUUUUUGCCUACCAAGAGUCUAUUUAAAAAACAAGAUCAUGUAGCUUUUGAGAACCAAUAGAAGACUGUGGGUUAGGUUCCCAGGGCUGGGCCUGGAAAACGGAUGAAGCAUAAUUGCCAUCAUGGGUCAGGUUGGGAGCCCACAGGGACAGAGAGAGAGUUUGCGUGACGUCAGCAGGACCAGCUCGCCCUCCCACAGAUUGGCAGCUGUAGUAUCACCGGUAACUGACACAAGGUGGCGCUGUGCUCACUUUGUUCACUUCCAUCCUUUCUGGUUAUAGUGUGCCUGUGGUCCUUGUGCAUGCGCAGCUGCUUCUUCUGGGUAAAACGGACUCAGAGUUUUUACUUUUUGAAAAGCUAAGCAGAGUAUGCUUGUCUUAAAGACAACUUUCUGUGCCUUUUUAGUUUACAAAAAAAACUUUCCGUUUAGAGAACGGUUCUCGAUAUCCCUGUAUUAAUUUUUAAAUCCGCUGGAAAUCCAGAGGUGUUUAUUAGGGUGUUGCAGUAUUCCCCAUCCUGAUCCUGUUGGCUUCCGCACCUGCUGGCUUUUGUUCCGGACGAGCUCUCGGUUAACGUAACCAACUACUUUUGAGUCGAAAAAAUGUUUAUAUCCUAAUCAACCAACUUGUUAGUUCCUUCAAGGCUUCAGUUAGAUAAUUAAGCUCGACUAGAACGCAAACCAGCAGGUGUGUGGUCCUUCAGGACCAGGAUUGGAGAUCCCUGUGUUAGAGGGUAUUUUAUUAAUUUUAAUGUUAACAGCAGCUUAUAGUACACUCCCUGCUGUCCGAUGCAUGAUAUAUGUGCAGCAGAUUAUAGAUAGCAGAGGUGGACAACCUUGGUCCUUAACUGCCAUGUUUCUGCUUUUUUCAUUCCAUCUUGGACCUUAAUGACUUAAUCAAACCAGUGGACUGGAUAAGAAGGCAGCUGUUUUCAAGGUGUUCAUCAGGUGCUAAUUAAAAAAAGUGCCACUUUUAGCACUGGAGUGUCCAGUCCUGGACCUGGGGAGACCUAGUCUGGUAGGUUUUAUGAGUUAAGUCCAUUUCUACAGAUUGGGAACAUGUGGAAAUUAUUGUUCAGUUAAGCAGGUUUUGUAUUCAGUCAGGGCUGAGGUGCACUAAGCCUUUGGUUCUAAAGGAUUUCUAAUUUUAAUAAAUCACCUGCUUAACUGAUCAGAGCUACAUUGUCUUGCCCCUUUAGAAAUUGGUUAUUUAAAGCCGAUCUAUCCAGGACCAAAACCUGACAGUCCUGCUCUAACCCAGAGCUCAUGGACCCAGGUUAUCUACCUCUUCUACGGUGUCAUGGCGUUAACAUAGCUGGACUCGAGGGAGUGCUGUUCCAAUAGCAGAGCUGGUCUUUUUCUGUGGUGUGAUGACAAGGGAAAAUGCCAUGGCGUUAAAACAGUUGCAGCUGUUUUUCUAGUUUUGCACCUCUGGGAGGUGUGUGUUGGGGAUGGGUGUAAGUCACUUAACAAGAAGUUGUUAGGAAAAAAAACAUUCUCUGUGAUCACUGAAAAUUUUAAAUUUUAAACAAUCUGGCAAUUAUGAAGGUGUUGGGUUUUUUUUUUACAAAAGAAGCAUUUUGAAGAUUAUAAUUUAAGUUGUAUUCUUGCUGUUGGGACACUUGGCUUAAAGACUUUUAAUUUUUGGUAAACAGUCUUUUGUAUGGUUCUUCAGUACUAGUUUACCCACAAUGGUCUUUUUGUUUCCAUUGUUCAGAACUUGGUGCAAUACUAGCCAAAGCUGCAUUUGUGCCGUAGUGUCCCCGAGGGAACGAACAUAAAAAUGACUACUGUACUUGUCACUUAACAGUGGAUCACUUAACGAACCCCCCACAGUGGAUCAGUUUAUGUAAUAGAACGGUUAUUGUUCAUUGCGAUUUAGAUGUGAUUGUUGAUCAGAGAGACGCUUUGGGUCCAGGAGUGGUCACUCCAGUUAUGGUUAUUGCUGCAGUGUUUGUGCAUCACUUGACUGUAACAUCUGUAAAUUGCAUGAGAAAACAUUCUCGCCUUAUUUAACAUUAAACUUCGUUUUUGAAUUCCC